UAACGCAGCACGCAAUUGCCUUUUGGACGCGCUGCGUGGAUUCAGAGCGGCUACAACUUAGUAAUCAUCAGGAAAAGUUCCUGAUGCCAGUCCUCCAAACGCUCAAUGAAUUAAUAAAAACCAGACAGCCGUACAGACGCGGCUGAGAUGCAACGACAAAGGUUGUCGUAAUUACUAAUAAUACCUAACCCUAGAUCACUCCCCUGAUAGAUACGGAUGUUUGCAGCAGGCGCAAUUCAGUUUCGUUUCAACCAAAACAAAAAUGGUCUCCGUCGGAGUCAACGGCUUUUCCCGUGCGGACCAAUCAGAAUCUCGAAUACGGAGCACGGGGCCCGCACUUCCGCCCGGUCUUCCUGGUGUGUCCAACGGCGCCAGUGCGUCUCCGACUCGGACCGGCUUCCGCGGCCGGGGCGGCGAGGGCCGGGGGCGGCGGGCGGGAUGAACGCGGUGUGCGGCGGAGCGGCGCGGACGCUGCGGGUGGCAGGCCGUCACGGCUACGCCGCCGAGUUCUCCCCGUACCUGCCGGGCCGCCUGGCCUGCGCCGCCGCGCAGCACUACGGCAUCGCGGGCUGUGGAACCCUACUAAUAUUGGAUCCAAAUGAAUCUGGGCUAAGGCUUUUUAGAAGCUUUGACUGGAGUGAUGGUUUGUUCGAUGUGACCUGGAGUGAGAACAAUGAACAUGUCCUCAUCACCUGCAGUGGUGACGGUUCGCUACAGCUCUGGGACACAGCCAAAGCUGCGGGGCCGCUGCAGGUCUAUAAGGAACACACUCAGGAGGUGUAUAGUGUUGAUUGGAGCCAAACCAGAGGUGAACAGCUUGUCGUGUCUGGCUCAUGGGAUCAAACUGUCAAAUUGUGGGAUCCAACUGUUGGAAAGUCUCUGUGCACCUUUAGAGGCCAUGAAAAUGUCAUUUAUAGCACAAUCUGGUCUCCCCACAUCCCUGGUUGUUUGGCUUCAGCCUCAGGUGAUCAGACUCUGAGAAUAUGGGAUGUGAAAGCAGCAGGAGUCAGAAUCGUGAUUCCAGCACAUCAGGCAGAAAUCUUGAGUUGUGACUGGUGUAAAUACAAUGAGAAUUUGCUGGUGACGGGGGCAGUUGACUGUAGUUUGAGAGGCUGGGACUUAAGGAAUGUACGGCAACCAGUGUUUGAACUUCUUGGUCAUACCUAUGCUAUUAGGAGGGUGAAAUUUUCCCUUUUUUUUUCUUCUGUGCUGGCCUCUUGCUCGUAUGAUUUUACUGUAAGGGUUUUCCUCCAAUCCUUGUUGAUUUUGUCUAGGCAAAACCUUGACCUGGCUUCAAAAAUCAAGAUGUCCAUAAAGGUGUAUUCAGAAAGGUGUUAUUUCUCUCCUUCUAUUUCCUCAGCCUUUCUGUUUUAUUCUGUUCCAUACUCUGUAGGUAACUAGUCUUGCUCAUAUACGUAGACAUAGUUAUAUGUAUUUUCUCAUUUCCCCCUUUCUUACACAAAGAGUGGGGUACUUUGGAUACAUACUCCUUUAAAUUUUGCAUUUUUCACAUAACAUAUAUCCUGGAAAUCAUUCUAUAUCAAAGAAAUCAUUCUCGUUCUGCUUAAUACACCAUUGUGUGGAUGUACCAUAGUUUAUUUGGCUACCUUCCUAUGUAUGGACAUUUAGCUUAUUUUCAAUGUUUCAUAAAUAAACAGUGCCAGAGUGAAUGAUAGCUUUGUGUGUAUGCAUAUUCAUAUUACUAGAGAAUUAAUAUCUGGUAUUCCCAGAAGUGCAAUUGCUGAGUUAAAAGGUAAACGUGUAGUUUUGUUAGAUAUUACCAAAUCUUCAUCUGUAAGGAAUAUGCCAAUUUUGAUACCCAGCAGCAAUAUUUGAAAGUACCUGUUUCUCCACCAUCUAAAGAUCAUUGAUUCAUUAGGGUUUUUCAGGUGCAUGAUCAUAUCACUUGUAAAUGUAGGUGGUUCUACACCUUCAUUUCCAAUUCUGACACCUCCAAUUGAUUUCUCUUAAAAUUGCCUUCACAAAUACCUCUAAUACAGUGCUAGGUAGUUUAUAGAGAAUGUCUGAUUCCUAAUAUUAGUGCAAAUGUCUUUAGUGUUUCUCUAUUAAAAAUAAGAUUCUGACUUUAAUGCAAAUUAUAUAUGUUUACUUGUUUAUCACGCUGAGAAAGUAUGCAUGAAUUCCUGUUUUCUUGAGUUUGUCUUUUUUUUUUCUUUAAUCAGGAGUGGAUCUUAGUUUUGUUGAAGGUUUUUCUUCCCCCCUGGUGUUUAUGGAGAUAAUCAUGAUUUUUCUUCUUAGUGCUAUGGCUGUGAUGUAUUAUAUUAAUGGAUUGAACCAACCUUGCAUUCCUUGACUGUCUCUCAUGU